AUGGCGUCUGAUGACCAGAAGAGGAAACACCUCCACGAGAAAGUGGAUGCCGAUUUGGUGUUCACUUUAGAAGAGGCCGGAGUACCGCUGGCCGCUCAGUAUGACCUUUGCUUGCAGUAUCCCUCCGUCAGGAGGUUCGCAGCGAUGGCUGAUAGCAAGGCCGAGCUCCGCUCUGCGUUAAAGGCAGACUUGCGCAUCGACCCGGACGCAGGGGGAGCUCAGAGGGCUACCAUGGCUUCGCUGGUCACGGCGUGGCAGGCGUGUUGCGACAUGGCAGAAAAGGAGCGCCAGCAGCGCUCUGAAGCCAAGGUCCUCGGCGUGCCCAGAGUCCUCAGCUACACGGAUCGGAACGCCAUGCUCCACGCUUACGAGAGAAGCUACGGCCACUUAGAGGACCGUGAACAGCCUUCGAGUGACUAUGUAGCACUCAAAGUGGAAGAAAUCGAGCAGGGCGAACUCCUUGCCUCAGCGUUGGAUGAAGUGGGUUCCAAGGAUGAAGCGCUGACCCUCAGUGUCCAGAGUUCCGUGGAUGCUUCGGGGCGACUGCGGGUCACCAGAGAGCGCAAGAAGAGCAGCUCCCGAAGGACUCCGAGGAGUUGCGGACCAAGCUGCGCUUGGAAGCUACGGCCAUGA